AAGUGUGUUGCAUGAGUUUCUUAUGAUCCUUCUUCUCCAUUCAUUGCACACUUCUGUCAGUUUAUGCAUCGCUUUCAUCCCGUUCGUUGAUGUGAAACUUUACAAAUUGUGUCUGCUGGACGUUUCUUCUGCGGCGCCGUUUAUAAAGCGGGCCGAGUUGAAGCCAGGGAGGCAGCAGAGGGGAAAUAAAACAAGGAUUAACCCCGAGCUGUGAUGACGGAGAAAGGCAGCGCUCCCGCGGCGGCCCGGGCGGUGCUGCAGCAGUGUCUGAGCGCCAGGCUGCAGGUGAAACCCGCAGAUGAACACUCAGAGGCUGAGUUUGUCCAGAUCGACAGAGGAAUGGUGAUCUACAUCUGUUUCUUUAAAGGAGCCACAGACGACAUCCUCCCCAAAAUGGUGUCCACACUGUUGAACCUGCGGCUCUCUGAGUCCGACUCGGGGAAGAUGGUUUCGGUGUUGGAGCUUCCCGGCAGCCUGCUGAUCGUCCCUCAGGCCACGCUGGGCGGGAAGGCCAAAGGCAGGGCCAUGCAGUACCACAACAACAUCGGCAAGGAGGACGGGCUGCGGCUCUACGGCGCCUUCGUUUCCCUGUGUGAGAAGGAGCUGACGGCUGCUUCGGCCGAAGUGAUGGUGAAACACGGGACGUACGGAAACAGACAAGUCCUGAAGCUCGACACCAACGGACCCUACACGCAUCUGAUGGAGUUCUGAACUGCAGGGAAGGUGGAGGAAUAAAAACUUUUAAAUCACAUGUCUAAUGCUGUCACGGAGGUCGAAAUGAUCUCUUGAUUAAUGUCUAAAUAUCUACCAACAAGCCUGGAAAUUCUAAGACUAAUGUAUUCUAAUGAUAUUUGAUUUAUAUGCAUUCAUCAUAAAAACAAAAUUACAAAGAUUUUGAAUUUGGAAUCUUUUUUUUGUUUUGUGUAUAUAGUACAAAACUGUAUUCUUAAAUGUGCAUGACAACAACACAAGAUUUGUCUUUUGCAUGAAGUGCUUAAUCAACGGGGCGGCAUGGAGGAAAUCUGUGGCCUGUGGUUACACAAAAAAAGGCCUGAAAUAUUUAACUUUAUAUGUAAUGAAUCUAAAACAUGUGAAAGUUUCACUUUUUGAACUAAAUUACCAAAAAAGUUUUAUCGGCCUUUGAAAAACCCAUAUUGGUCGACCACUUGUGUCCACAUAUUCUUGGCCAUUCGGUGUAUUUGGUAAAUGAAGUUCACAGCCUGUCCUCCUGAUAAUAAAGUCUUUUCAUCUUGCAAGAAUGUUACAAGCUUGCAAAAUAAAAUGCACAGCACCAACUUAGUACGUUCCGAGAUGACUAUUUUCAAAAUAAAGGUUUAAAUCUCCA